GAAGUUGGCGGCCCUCGGAAGCGGUCGCGGAUCGGGGAAUUCUGCUGUCGCUGCAGCUGCAGAAUGGUCGGCGGUGGCGGGAAGCGCAGGCCCGGCGGGGAGGGGCAGCAGUGUGAAAAAACAACUGAUGUGAAGAAAAGUAAAUUCUGUGAAGCUGAUGUCUCCACUGACCUUCGAAAAGAAGUAGAAAAUCAUUAUAAGCUUUCUUUACCUGAAGAUUUCUAUCACUUCUGGAAGUUCUGUGAAAAACUUGAUCCUGAAAAGCCAUCUGAUUCACUUUCUGCAAGCCUUGGACUUCAGUUAGUUGGUCCUUAUGAUAUCCUUGCUGGAAAACAUAAAACGAAGAAAAAAUCAACAGGCCUGAAUUUUAACCUUCACUGGAGGUUUUACUAUGAUCCUCCUGAGUUCCAGACCAUUAUUAUUGGAGAUAAUAAAACUCAGUACCACAUGGGUUAUUUCAGGGAUUCUCCUGAUGAAUUUCCUGUAUAUGUUGGUAUAAAUGAAGCAAAGAAAAAUUGUAUAAUUGUUCCAAAUGGAGAUAAUGUAUUUGCUGCAGUCAAAUUAUUUUUGACGAAAAAACUUAAAGAAGUAACGGAUAAAAAGAAAAUCAAUCUCUUGAAAAGCAUAGAUGAAAAACUCACAGAAGCAGCCAGAGAAUUGGGGUACUCGCUUGAACAGAGAACCAUGAAGAUGAAACAGAGGGAUAAGAAAGUUGUGACAAAGACCUUUCAUGGUGCAGGCUUGGUUGUUCCAGUAGAUAAAAAUGAUGUUGGGUACCGAGAGCUCCCUGAAACAGAUGCUGACCUCAAGAGAAUUUGCAAGACAAUAGUUGAGGCUGCAAGUGAUGAGGAGAGACUAAAAGCUUUUGCUCCCAUUCAGGAAAUGAUGACUUUUGUGCAGUUUGCUAAUGAUGAAUGUGAUUAUGGCAUGGGGCUUGAAUUGGGAAUGGAUCUCUUUUGCUAUGGCUCACAUGUCCAGGAUGAGAUCUGAGACUGCAUAUCUGUCAUGCUCCCAGGUGACGGUCAUGCUGCUGCUCUACAGACCACACUGGGAAAAGCAAGACUAAACCAGUAGCUCUCCAGCUUUGGCGUGCAUCAGCAUCAAUGGGAAGGCUUGUGCAAAUGCACACUGGCACUCUCCCCACCCUCCCAAGUUUGAUUGAGUUCUAGGGUGGGUCUUGAGAAUUUGCAUUUCCAACAGGUUACCAAGUGAAGUUGAUGCCCCUGUUCAGGGGUGUACAUUUUGAGAACCCUGCUAUAAACCAUAUUACACUACUUUUCUUUGCCCACCUCAUAGAUAGUUAUCAGUAAAAAAUAAUCAAAAUGUUUAACAGCCAGAAUGACAGUCAUUGACCAAUCCAAAUAGUACUUGACCUGCUAGAGAGGCCCUAGCCAUAAAUAAGUAGAGCCAUAAGACGUGAACCAGUGAAUAGCAAACUGAUUGUUGUGAGAAUGAAAUAACGUGUAUGAGUUAUAAAAAGGUUUAGCACAGUACUUACCACAUGUUAAGGGCUAAAUGUUUAUUAUGAUCAGCAAAAAGGUGGUAUAUGUAGAUAAUAGCAGUAAUCUAAAAUCUUUUGAUAAGUCUAAGGCAGUGACUCUUAACAGGGAUUGGGAGGCGGUACAUGUUGGGGAUGGGGGAAAGAAGGAAUUUGAGGAUAAAGGCAAUACGAUCUGAAAACUCACUUUCAGCAUAGCUAUUCUUAAUAGAAUUAAUUAAGGAAAAUAAAGCUUAAACUUUUGCCUGGGAAUACACUGGAGAGAAUAACAAGUAUUUGUGAGCAUUGUUUGGGGUGAGAAAAAGUUGAUAAAACCUAAGGGAAUAAGGAAGCUCAGAUUUAAUUUGGUUUUCUUAAUUUUCAAGAUAUGCCAUUAGUCAUCUAGAGCAACAAGACUGCCUCUUAGAAUGCCAGGCGCCUGUCCUUAAAUUACGGUCACUAACCACCUGAGGGUGUAGUGAAAAUGAUUUUGGAAGUAGCCUUUGUUAAACACGUGCUUUGUUGAUAUAUUUUCUGCUACUUAUUAGGAUAUCUGCUAUAUUCUCUGCUUAAUGUUAUAUUUUUAUUUUUCAGUAUUUUCAUAAAGUUGCUGGUCAGCUUUUACCUCUUGCGUAUAAUCUGUUGAAGAGGAAUCUGUUUGCAGAAAUUAUUGAGGAUCAUCUGGCAAACAGAAGUAAAGAGAACAUAGACCAACUCGCUGCAUGAGUAAGGUGGCUUUGAUUGGUGUACAGUAUUUCAAAGGACUAGUAUUAAACUUGAGAUUUUUGUUUUGUUUUUAAGGAAUACAAAAAAUAAACAUUUACUAAAAACGUU